GAACUACAGGAAAGUCCGUGGAAUUUGACGACGUGUUUCUCAACACUUAAAAAGUUGUUUCCCGUUCACCUUUGUGUCAAAUAAUGUGACCUCGUGCCAUAAAUAUCAUCGACGUGCAAGUGUGUUAGCUUAAUUAUCGAAGUAGCAAUGGAGGUGCAGACAGCUGAGGAGCAGCUUCUCCUUCAUGCUAAAGCAGGCAGUUUGUCUUUCAUUCAGAAGCUCCUUCAGUCCAGGAUCGACCAAAACACUCCGCUCAACGUCAACUGCAGAUCUAGAUGUAAAGGCAGCUCAGGGUGGACACCCCUCCACAUGGCCUGUUACUUUGGACACAGAGACGUGGUGGAGGAAUUACUCAAGGCAGGUGCUGAUGUGAAUGUGCAAAAUAGCAUGGGUGACACACCUCUGCACAAGGCAGCCUACACUGGUAGAAAGGAGAUUGUGCUGUUGUUGCUGCGGUACGAUGCCUGUGCCAACAUAAUCAAUGGAACGGCCCAAAUCCCUAAAGAUGUCACGGAGGAUGAUGAAAUCAUUACGAUGCUGGAGGCUGCAGAGAGGAGGGAGACGAGGCGGCGGGAGGAGAGGCUUCUGGAGGCAGCCAGACAGGGAGACAUCUCAACUCUGUCAAAACUGCUCAGUGGAAAGGAAGCUCCAAAUAUUCACUGCAGGGACGACGUGGGUAAUACGCCCUUACACUGUGCAGCCUACAGAGGGCAGAAGCUGUGCAUUCUAAAGCUUCUCAAGUCUGGAGCCAGCCCCAGUGUCAAGAACAACAAUGAACAGACCGCACUGGACCUGGUGCGUUCUGAUGAACUCAGACCCAUUGUGGCAGCUUAUCAGGACAAGGAAGUGAACAGAAGGGUUCAGAAGAUUGAAGGCCCUCUUUGGAAGAGUUCCCGGUUUCUUGGAUGGCGAUCCCACUGGGUGGUAAUUGAAGAUGGAAUGCUCUCCUGGUACCACAGACAGGCUGAUGCUGUGACUGGUGUCAGAAAACAGGGAUGUACUUCUCUAGCACAAGCCUACUGCAUGGUCAAACCAUGGGAUCAUUGCUUCUUCACGGUCAGGUGCUUUGACAACACCGUGCACUCCUUUAAGGUCUCCUCAAAGACGAAUUCAGUGGCGACAAGAAAAAAAUGGUUGGAUGCUUUAGAGGCACAUUCAGCCUACAGCACUCGUCACUGCAUUCAAGAGCAGAUCCCCGGUGAUGAUGAUGAUGGUGAUGUUGAUGCUGCUGUGGGGAACCUGAGACAAGCAGUUCAGGUAGCCAGCACUUGCCAGCAGAAAUUGGAGAGUGAAGUGGCAAUAUUUCUGUCUAUGGUGAAGAAUGGAGCGGAUUUUGGAUUGGCUGCUCCUCUUCUACUGAAAGCUAAGGAGACCUGUGAGCUUUCCAGUGAAACCUGUGCCGCCCUCCAUCUCUGCCUCGAACUGUCGUCAAAACAAGAAGAGGUGUGGAGCCUGAAGUUGGAGCAGGAGGUGGAAAAGAACAAAGCUCUGACUGAAGCUCUGCAAACUUUGGCAUCUGAGCGCCACGAAAUCAAGCAGUCCCUGAGCAAAGGCCGGCGGUCGUCAACCCUCAGCACACUCACCAACGAUGACUUCUAUGAUGCUGAGUCAGAUUCGGAGUCAGAGUUGUCUGUGAGCGGCUUCCUGUCUGUGGCCAGUCACUCCUGUGAAGAGGACGAGGGGAGAGACGCCCCCCUUCUCAGCAGCCUCUGCCAUCCCAGCGCACUCAAGGGGCCUGCCGGAAUGUCAGGGGAGUGUAACCAUGGCAACCAACCAGCCCAAUGCAAUGGAGUCAAGAAGCACAGAACAUCUCUGCCGACUCCCAUGUUCUCCAGGAAUGAUGUCAGCAUCUGGAGCAUCCUGAAAAAAUGCAUCGGCAUGGAGUUGUCAAAGAUUGCCAUGCCUGUGGUGUUUAAUGAGCCUUUGAGUUUCCUCCAGAGGAUAACGGAAUACAUGGAGCACACCUACCUCAUCCACCAGGCCAACACCACAACAGACUCUGUUGAGAGGAUGAAGUGUGUUGCAGCGUUUGCCGUGUCAGCUGUAGCUUCACAGUGGGAGAGGACUGGGAAACCUUUCAACCCUCUACUGGGGGAGACGUUUGAACUCAUCAGAGACGAUUUGGGCUUUAGGUGGGUAUCAGAGCAAGUAAGCCAUCACCCUCCAGUCAGUGCCUUUCAUGCUGAGGGCCUCCAGGAGGAUUUUGUGUUCCAUGGCUCCAUCUAUCCCAAACUCAAGUUCUGGGGAAAGAGCAUAGAAGCGGAGCCCAAGGGAAUCAUCACACUGGAGCUCCCCAAGUAUAACGAGGCCUACACCUGGACGAACCCUACCUGUUGUGUACACAAUAUCAUUGUCGGUCAACUUUGGAUUGAGCAGUAUGGCAACGUGGAAGUGAUCAAUCACAAGACUGGAGAGAGAUGCAGCAUGAUGUUCAAGCCCUGUGGCCUGUUUGGAAAAGAGCUCCAUAAAGUGGAGGGAUACAUCCUGGAUAAAAGCAAGAAGAAACUCUGUGCAAUAUAUGGCAAAUGGACGGAAUGUUUGUACACUGUAGACACGGUUUCAUUUGAUACCUACAAGAAGUCUGACAAGAAGAAUUCAGAUGAUAAAAAUGGCAGUAAACGGGGCAGUGUGGACGAAGAGCCAGAAGAGAUGCCCCCACCUGAUGCUGAGACAGUCCAGGUCAUCCCCGGCAGUGAGCUCCUGUGGAAGAUUACACCGCGACCAGAGAACUCAUCCAAGUUCUAUGCGUUCUCCACAUUCGCCAUGCAGCUGAAUGAGCUGGAGAAGAGCAUGGAGGGAGUCGUCCCUACCACGGACAGCCGCCUCAGACCCGACAUCCGCGCCAUGGAGAAUGGUGAUAUAGAUCUGGCGAGUGCCGAGAAGAAGAGGCUCGAGGAGAAACAGAGGAUGGCCCGCAAAAAUCGCACCAAGUCAACAGAGGAAUGGAAAACGAGGAAUACUGCACUUGGCCCAAGGUGGUUUCAGCAAGGACCCAACCCUCACAACAAAGCUCAGGACUGGAUCUACUUGAAAAGCUACUGGGACAGGAACUACACUCAGCUGCCUAAUAUCUACUAGCGAGUAGAAACACACCCACAUAUCUCAAAUCCACUUUCACCACCGCUGGACCUCGUCUGCUGCGCUCGGGUUUGAGCGACGGCUCCUCGGCAUAUUUGCGUAUUACAGCAGGGCAGAGAGAACUGGAUUCCAACUUGUCUUCUUAACACGGCGGUGAAAUAUCAAAUGAAGUCGGGAGGCAUAUGUUAAUCAAUUAGUCAUGUGUGAAUAAUCAAGCACAGCAGCUCUUUUGCUCAUUUACUGAGGUUUUCAGCCACUCGUAGGCAUAUACUGGAAAAACUAGAAUGUAUUUUAGGAGUAUUCCGUUGUUUGUUUCGUUGAUAGAUGGCGUGUUCUGAACAGUGACCUCAUUCUUGCCGUGUGCCGUUUGUCCACAGUUGAAACAUUUUCCUUGUGAGCUUCACUGCGCUGAGACAAACGGUGGGAGGCAGCACCGCAACACUGACACUGAUUCUACUUGUGCAGGCAUAAUGAUUAUGCAGUGCAAAGUAUUAAAAAUAGACACCUCGGGCGCAUUUGCUCUUGUUUGCACUCCCUUGAGUGCGACAGGUGACUAGUGUUUAAACGUUGCCCAGUUGGCCAGCACUGCAGCAGUAAGACUUUUACAAAAUAAAUGUUUAACAUAUUAAGCGCUCAGCUAUGUAUUGUAUAGAUAUGUAUAGAGGCUGUGACAUAAGUCGACCCAAUUCUGUGGACACAGUAGCACUAUUUUCCUAACUACACUAAAGCAGAGACACUGGCUCUGCACUUAAAGAUCUGUGUGUGUGUGUGUGUGUGUUGUUACGUCUUGCCAUAAUUAAGCAGAAUUAGCUCUAUUCCUUAUGCUAUGUGCAUUGAUCUGAUUUAAAUAACUGUCACAAUAAAUGCAUGCGCAUCACUAUAACUAUGCAAGCCUUACCUCCUCCAUAAUCCCAACACUGAAUAUUUAUUCCGGAUGGGUUGCGAUGCAUCUGCUGUAAGUUUUAGUUUUGUUUUUAAACGACAUGUAGGUUUCACUGACAGAAUUUCUAUUGUUGCUAAAUAAAGGCUUAAUGUGAAUCAAA